AAGAUUAGUUUAGUGCAGGGCCAGUUACAACUACGGGAGAAAAGUUUAAAAACGACACCGUUUAAUGUAAAACGACCGACAUUGAGCAAAAAGCUUUGACAGUUUCUUACGCCGGCGGACGAAAAUUUCAGAACUUGACGAAGAAGAAGACAACUUUAUUGACGAUGGCUGUGCAAUCCGGUAUUGGGUUAUCGAGGAUUCUGAUUCUAGCUGGAGCAGGUUAUACAGGUACGAUCCUAGUGAAGAAUGGGAAGAUGUCUGAUCUUUUGGGGGAGCUACAGGCUUUGGUUAAGCGAUUUGAGAGAUCAGGAGAUCAUUCAGAUGACGAUUCUGAUCCCAUGGCUACUCAGAUGCAACGGUUAGCUAUGGAGAUCCGGCAAAUGUCCUCCUCCCGGCAGAUAACUGUUGUCAAUGGAGGAGCUCAAGGAGCUGACUUCACCCCACUUAUAGUUCCCGCAGCGACAUUAGGAGCUAUAGGCUAUGGCUACAUGUGGUACAAGGGUAUUUCAUUCUCUGACAUCAUGUGCGUAACAAAGAAGAACAUGGAAGAUGCUGUCUCCAACUUGACCAAGCAUUUGACCACCGUUUCAGAAGCUAUUUCUAAUGCUAAGAAGCACUUGUCUGAGCGGCUUAAGAAGACAGACGAUAAGCUGGAAUCGCAGAAGGAUCUCUUAAAGGGAGUCCAGGACAAUGUGGGUUUGACUCUAGAGGACCUUGCUAAGAUUGGAGAUGAUUUUUAUGCAAUGCAUAACAUGUUUGGUGGUAUGGGUGGAGCAUUAGAUAGUAUUGAGUACAAACAGAAUAUUGCGAAUAUGGGUUUAAUGCAUCUGUGCGACUCUAUGGGCGGAGAAAAUCACGAUAUGCCUGAUAUAAUGAUGCAGGAGAAGCUUCGACUUUCUGGGAAGUCAAACACAUGUAUAGUACUUACAAACGAAGAAACUUCAAGCUCUGAGGGUUUGAAAGAAAGCGAUAAGAUAGAGCUUAUUGAAGGCUGAUUCAUAUGGCACCAAUUUAAGGAUCUGAUGUGUAGUAUAGGAUUACUGAGAAAUAGAAGUGAUUAUUUAUGUAUUUUUUGUUGUUUAAAAAUUUAAUGCCCUUUUAGGGCAAAUAAAGAAAGAUAUGAAAAACAAAAAGAAUGUGCUUUUUUCAUUGAUUUUUUUUU